UCCUUUGUCGAUGGAUAAAAGAAAGAUAAAAGUCUUAAUUGGAUGGUCACUGUUUCUUAUAAUUAACAAGCUAAUAUCCAGUGAGAGCCAAUGCUUGAAAGACGAACCAAGGUGUGAUUGUUCUAUCAACAGGAUAGAUUGUAUCAAUAAAUCCUUAAACAGAAUCCCUUCAGGAUUUCCAUCCACAACUAAACAAAUACACCUGAAUGACAAUCAGAUAACUGUUAUACGAAGGGGCGAGUUGAUCGGACUCCCUCUUCUUUCAUCCGUUAAUUUUUACAACAACCAUAUAUCCCACAUUGAAUCGAAGGCCUUUUAUAAUCUUUCCUUACUGGAAGAUAUUGUUUUGAAUAAUAACAAUUUGCAACAAAUUCUUCGAUGGACUUUUCUUGAGUUAAAAGUUUUGUUUGACAUAUACUUACAAAACAACAACAUAUCUGUAAUUCACAGGGAAGCAUUUGUGUCACUGCCUAAACUCCGGUCAAUAUAUCUUACAGGAAAUGUCAUUCAUUGUACCUGUCUUAUUGAGUGGUUCGCUCAAUACCUCAACGCACACCCCAUCAUAUCCCAGAGAUCCGCCACACAAUGUGCUUAUCCACCUGACUUAGAGGGAAAGGAGGUUACUCUUGUGAACUUCACACGUUUGAACUGUGAUACACAUUCCAGUAUUGCUGUAAAGAGUUCUGGUGACUCAACGAUACCAGCUUCUUAUUAUUUAGCUACAGGAUUGGUUUUAGGAAUGCUGAUAUCAACCGUCUCCUAUAUUCUCCUACGAAAAAGAAAACAUUCUAGAUGCAAUGGUCCCAUCAAUGAAGAAGAGGUAGACUCCCCUGUGAUAUUUACAACUGGAUGUCAGAUGUCAUCCCUCUCCUCAUUACGGGAUCUGGUGGACUCUUCAAUGGACAACGUGACGUAUUACAGCCAUAACAGUGGCUUCUCUGGAGACUUGGAGGAGGAUCCAACCUGCUUCGCCAGCGGGUAUGAAACGUGCAGUGGGUCUCCUGUUUCUGGCCACAGAUACAGUCGGAUUCAACGUGUGAAUAGCGAUUACGAAGAUAUUGCUAAUGUUUGUCGAGAGAGCAAGUCCACACAGACACAGAUUUACAGAAGACCAACUGUAUAGCUUGUUCAGAUGAAAUGAAAACACGAAAAAGAACACUUUCAUAAUGAAUUCUUUGUUGAUAUGCAAUCAAAAGCGAAACAAUAAAAAAAUCUUUUACAGGUAAAUGAGUGUGUGGAAGACAAUGAUAGACAUAAAGCUUUAAUUCUCAACAACAGCAUGUCUCUGCUAUCUAUGCCUUAUAUUGUUUGUGAACUCAGGGAGUUUUAUUCAUUUUGUCUAUUAAAAUCUGUAACUUGAGUAUUAAAAAUAUUCAUAUUGCAUAUUUUAUUUUCGAAGACACAUGAAUGAUGUAUGUAAGAAAAUAAUAAAAACUGUUUAUUAAAACGUCGGCGAAACAUCGAGUUAAAGGUCGCGG